UUUUCGAUUGUGGCUUCGUCUGCUGCUCUACUAACAAUUAUAACAAUACAAACAUACUGGGUUAUUUUUAUUACUGGAAUUGCCUGAGUAUGAGCAUGAUGGAUUCUCAGCAGGAUAUCACAAUUCGCCCAGCAACAUCAGCUGACUGUGAUGAAAUACUGAGGCUUAUCAUAGAAUUAGCUGUGUAUGAAAAGCUAGAAGAUCAAGUGAAGAUGACUGCUGACGUGUUAAGAAAAGAUUGCUUUGGGGAUAAACCACUCUUUUACUGCAUAGUUGCUGAGCCUUCUCAAAAAGAUUCGUCUCAACUGGUUGGUUAUGCCCUCUACUUUUCCAUCUAUUCCACAUGGGAGGGAGCCUCCUUGUACCUUGAAGAUAUAUAUGUAACUCCAGCCUACAGGACUCGAGGUAUAGGAAAGCAGCUGUUGAAACAUGUAACACAAGCAGCUCUUGAUAUGGGAUGUAGUCGCCUACAGUUGUCUGUGUUGGGCUGGAAUAAAAGCGCUAAAGAUUUUUACACCCGUUAUGGCUAUGUUGAUCUGACAGAAAAAGAAGACUGGCAUGUUAUGAGAAUGCAGCGCAAAGCCAUGGAGGAAUAUGUAAAAAAUGUUUAAUUAAUGAAUCGAUCAUUAGUCAUGGAAUAAUAUUUAUAAAUGUUUAAUGAAUCAUUAAGUCAUGGGGAAAUAUGUAAAUAAAAAGUUUAAUGGAUACAUUACUAGCCAUGGAAGAAUAUCCAAAAGAAAUGUUAUUUAAUAAUUUUAUCAAGAUUAAAAAAAAAUAUUUAUCUAAUGUAGAACAUGUCAAGCCAUGUAAAAAAACGUGAUUAAAAAAACAAUUAGAAUAGGGUAAAAUAGACUACUAAUGGAAUUUUAUAACUAUUUUAUUAAUAUAUCCAUCAAUCAUAGAAACAAUAUAACAUGUUUAAACAAUAUAAAAAUAACCAAACUGUUUGUUAAAUUCCUUCUCCAGCGUUAUCUUUAAAAUUGAAUAGGUUUAGAAGAGUAAUUUGAUAGCAGCUGUGUGAGUGACCCAGCAGGAUUUGGAAUGUGUCACAAUCAGUCAAAUGUUGAUUGGUAUUAAAUACCUGUGAGGUAGCUGUUUUGAUAAGCAAUAUAACUGAAAAAUAUAGCUCUAUAUAAAUGCAAUAUUAACUAGUCACAGAAUAAAGGCAGUUUUGAUUGUUUACUAAUUUAUAUACAGCUGCCUAAUCCAUAAUUUAAAUAAAGACUUCAAAAUAAACUCGUACAAUUAUUUCCUCUAGUUACCUUGACUUAGAUUGUGAUAACAACACAUUUUUUUUUUUAAAAAUGCUGAGCUGCUGGUAGUCAUUUUACUAUUGCAAAUUUUGAUUGUAUUUUAUUUACUUUGAAAUGAAAUAAACAUUCAGUCAAGUUAUUUCAA